CAGUUUAUAUUUUCAGCUUGGUCAUGUUUUCACUGUACGCUGUGCGUAUGCGCAACAAACCGUUGCAAUAAUCGAUGUAAUCUUUUUCCAUUGUUUAAUUUAAUUAAAUACUUGUUUGUAUUUAUCCGAAUAAAUAUCUCUACAUACCCUGUGGAAGUGUGUAAAGUGAAGUUCAAAUGUCUGGAAAAGAAAGAGGUUUGUUUCGAAAUAUUUUAAAAAAUUUUAUUGCAUCAUUUAAACCAACCCAACAUAAGCUAAUUGGCGAAGAUUAUUAUGGUACAAAAUAUUACGAAAUUGAAAACCCAAGAACAAGGAGAAAGAACUCAACUCGAUAUUUUGUACCUGUAAAUGAAGAUGAUAACAUGCAAGAAUUACCAAUAGAAUGGGAGUCAUGGUUAAGAUAUCGUCGAAAAGAUCCACCGUCAGAAGAAGAAAUAAGACAAAAUUAUCAAUUACAAAUGAUCAAAAAACGAAAUGCUGCAGAACUAGAAGCAAAACAUGUAAGUAAUGGAUUACAAAAGCAAAAGCAAAUUAACGAAGGAGAACGUAUACCAUUUCCAAUUUAUGAGGAGUAUAAAAAUUAUGGUCAAGAUUAUAAGAUAAAAUAUGAUGAACAAAAGCACAAAAAAGAUAAAUAGACAUAAAUAAAAUAUCUGA